AUGGAUGCAGUGAGCACUCCACCAUCAGCUGCUCUUGGCAUAGAGAGUUCCCCUUCAAAACAUGCUUCUUUACCUCUCUUCAUAUUCCUUGGUGGGAUCAUACUACUCCUUUUGCUCAUCUUAAUAUUCAUUUCUCGGAAAGUGAUCAAGCCCGCAAAAUUCAGAUCCCUCGUUGCUCGGGCAGUAAACCGGCCAGUAACAAGAGAUAUUCUAAGUGGAAAUCUCCGUACGAUUAGCUAUUUCAACUUGGAGACACUGAAGAAGGCUACCAAGAACUUCAAUCAGUUGAAUCUUCUUGGAAGAGGUGGAUUUGGACCUGUCUACUUGGGAAAGCUGGACGAUGGAAGGCUGGUCGCAGUAAAAAAGCUGGCAGUCGAGAAAUCACAGCAGGGUGAAUCGCAAUUCCUCUCUGAGGUGAGGAUGAUCACAAGCAUACAGCACAAGAAUCUCGUUCGCCUUCUGGGUUGCUGUUCUGAUGGGACUCAACGGCUUCUUGUUUAUGAGUACAUGAAGAACAGGAGUUUAGACCUUAUCGUUUAUGGGAAAAAUGACAUUUUUUUGAACUGGGGUACUCGAUUUCAAAUAAUUCUCGGGGUUGCUCGAGGACUGCAGUAUCUGCAUGAAGAUUCGCACAUCAGAAUCAUACACAGGGACAUUAAAGCGAGCAACAUUCUCCUUGAUGAUAGAUUUCAACCUAGGAUAGGCGACUUUGGCCUCGCAAGGUUUUUCCCAGAGGAUCAAGCUUAUCUCAGCACCGCGUUCGCAGGAACCUUAGGAUAUACUGCACCAGAGUAUGCCAUCAGAGGCGAGCUGACUGAAAAGGCUGACAUAUACAGCUUCGGAGUUCUGGUGCUUGAAAUUAUCAGCUGCAGAAGAAAUACUGACCUAACCUUGCCAUCAGAGAUGCAAUACCUUCCAGAAUAUGCAUGGAAGCUAUACGAGAGGUCCAUGCUAACUGAUCUCAUAGAUCCAAGAAUACGCGAAGAUGGCUUCGUUGAGAAGGAUGUGCUGCAUGCCAUUAGAGUAGCUUUCCUAUGCCUGCAGCCUCAAGGAAAUCAAAGGCCACCAAUGUCUGAAAUCGUAGCAAUCCUAACUUGCAAGGUUGAAUUGGAGACGAUGCCUGCGAAACCUGCCUUCUUGGAGAGAAAGAAGAGGAAUGAUGAGAAGAUUUCAUGGGACUCAAUAUCAGAGCCUUUCCCUUCUCCUUUAAGGAGCGACUCUCCUACCUUCCCUCGGCAUCUAAAGUAAGAUUUUGCCAAGCAAUUUUUCGAGCAAUAUGCAGAAACCGUAUUUUGUUAUUUAUUCAUUUGGCUAUUUGUUACAUUCAAAACAUCAACAUUUGUUAUGUAGAUAAAUAAACUCAUGGUACUAUAAUUCUUCUCCUCUUCCAGAUUGAAAUCAGUGACCAUUUUGAAACUGUAUUUAUCAAUAAAUACAACAAAAUAAUUGGCUACUUA